AUGGUGUUUCGCGGACGCGUGUCGAGGAGCUGUGAGAACUGCCGAGCAGUGAAGCGAAGAUGCGACCAGCAAGUCCCCCAUUGCGGCCAAUGCCGACGCAUGGGCGAAGACUGUCCCGGAUACCGCGACGAAUGGGAGCUGAUGUUCCGCAACCAGACAGACAUGACGAUUAAACGGUCGAAAGGGAAAUCCACCCGACGGAGAGCGGUCGUGAAGACGCAGCAGAAUAAUACCAACAGACCGGGUCAUGGUCUGGCGCCGGGCGUGGAUGAACUCGGCGUGAACUACUUCCUCCACAACUUUGUGAUUGGCGGGAAAUCCCCCUCGCAUGGCUAUCUGAAUUAUAUCCCCGCCGUCUAUAUGGCGGACGGGGAACACCCGACCCUCGUCAGCAGUAUGGCGGCUGUGGGACUGGUGGCCCUGGCGCGAUCGACGCAACAACCGGAACUGGUGCAGUAUGCGCGCGCAAAGUACUCCGAGGCGAUCGGGCACGUCAACCACGCGCUGGCCUCGCCGACCGAAUCCGUCAAGGACAGCACGUUGAUGGCGGUGAUUUCGCUCGGGGUGUUUGAGCUCGGGUUCGACGUGGAUCUCUGGGUGCGGCAUGUGCAGGGGGCCGCGGCGUUGGUGGUUCUGCGAGGCAAGAAACAGUUCACGAGCAAAGCGUCGAUCCUCAUGUUCAACCAGGUGCGCGCCGAUAUGGUCAUCGCCUGUCUGCAUACCGUGCAACCGUUCCCACCGGAGAUCGUCGAGCUGCAACAGGCUGCGACUGACCAUUCCGAUACAUCGAGUGCCUUUUGGUUACUGGGUGUGUUGGCGCCCCGGUGUGCGAAUGUCUUCCACCGGUUCACGCGAAACACGGGCGAGAUCCCCUGGCUGGAGCUGCUGGAGGAAGCCACCGGCGUCCAGGACGAUAUCGAACAUAUCGCGAGUCUGUUGGAAGUGCAGGCGCCGUAUACCACCACCUACGAGUCCACGGCGGAUCCGGACCGCGUGUAUAACGGGCGGGUGGACGUGUAUGCCUCCUUCUGGGCCAUCCGGGUGUGGAACAAUAUGCGCAAUUGCCAGAUCAUCGUCAGCCAGAUCGUGUGUUCGCUGUUGACCACUGCUCUUGACACAGACCUCGCUCCAGACCUUGCCCCAGACCUGAAGGCGUACUGCCGGGCGAAGCUGAAGGAGACGCUCCAGUUACUGGUGAAAAUCGGCGACGAUAUGCUGGCCUCGAUUCCGCAGGCAUUAGGAUUGACCUCGGGGAGUAAUACUAUAUCGACACAGUCGAAACCUCAGUCGAGUAUGAAUCCAUCGCCUCUGCCCUCGCACACCAGUCUAUCCGCCGGACUCAUGCUCCUCUGGUGUCUGUAUACCGUGGGGAUGUCGCCGGUGAUCACCAGCAAAGCGCGGCGGUGGGUGAUUCAGCGGAUGACGGAUAUCGGGAAGAAUGCAGGGAUCAGUUUUGCCUUGCAUCUGGUCAAGGAUCUGGUGCGGAGCGAUGAAUUAUUAAUUGACAGUCCAUAG